AUGACAAUCCAGGCCGAAAAGUUUACUCCAGAGGUUCUCCUCUCGGCGCCACGGCGCUCGCCUGGCGUGCCCAAUUCCACGGGCGAGCUCGUCUUAUACACGGUCUCGACAUACUCCUUCGACUCCCACUCCAAGACGGCGCAGAUCCGCGUGCUCAAUCUCAAAGAGGGGACCUCGCAUCUGGUCUCCGAAGACUCCGCAGCAAGCGAGCCCAUCUGGAUCAGCGAAAAGGAGAUUGCCUAUGUCAAGAGCCUCGACAACGGUGCCUCGGCCCUCGUGGCGCAGCAUGUUCUCCAAGUGAAUGAGUCAAACACCAUCCAACGCUUCACUGGAAGCAUUUCCAGCCUGAAGGCCAAGUCUUUGUCAGCAGACAAGGUGGCCUUCUGCUGUGCUGCUCUGACGACCCCCGAUGGCCAGAUGUACAGCCCAGCUGCGGAACCAAAGUCUCACACAUCCGCCAAGAUCUACACAUCCCUGUUUGUGCGACACUGGGACUCCUGGAAUACUGCAAACAAAAACUCGCUUUGGUAUGGCCAGCUGGAAAAGGUCGACGGAAAAUGGACUCUCGGAAACUCGGCCCUCACCAACCUGCUUGCGGGCACGCCACUCAACUCUCCCGUACCUCCCUUUGGAGGUACCGGCGAUUUCGAUAUAUCCUCGACUGGCAUUGUUUUUGUUGCAAAGGAUCCGGAAUUGAACCAUGCUAGAAACACAAAGACUGACCUUUACUUUGUUCCUCUGAGAUCAUUCUUGGAUAAGCCCAGUGUCCCCCAGAUUGUCAAGACGGGAAACCUUCUCGGAUACUCCAUCUCUCCCGUCUUUUCAAACGAUGGCAAGCAGGUUGCUUUCCUGCGCAUGAAAUCUCAGCAAUAUGAGGCCGACAAGACAAGGCUCUUGCUGAUCCCAGAUGUAACCGAUCUGAGCAACGUUCAGGAAUUUUACGAGACAAGCGAUGGCAAGGGCGGUUGGGACUUCAAGCCUGAUUGGAUUGUCUGGAGCCACGACGACAAGGAAUUGUACAUUGCGGCUGAGAAGCACGCUAGAGUUGUCCUGUGGAAGCUUCCAUCAUCUCCACUGGAAGCCAAGGACCUACCCGUCGCGAUUCACGAGGAUGGAUCUGUGGCAGAGGCAAGAGUUCUUGGGAGCAGCUCAUCGCUGCUGAUAACAACAAGGUCGCGGGUUGAAAGCUCCAACUAUUCGAUACUGGACCCUGAAUCUGGAUCUGCCACCGUCGUCUCUUCUAGCUCGAAACAGGGCCGAACCUUCUCCCUGAACAAAUCGCAGUGCCAAGAUAUUUGGUUCGACGGCUCAAAGGGCUAUCCGAUCCACGCUCUAGUGACCCUGCCUUCGAACUUUGACUCUUCCAAGAAGUAUCCCUUGGCUUUCCUUAUCCAUGGUGGGCCUCAGGGAGCUUGGGGAGAUGACUGGAGCACUCGGUGGAACCCCGCCAUCUUUGCUGAGCAGGGCUAUGUCGUUGUGAGCCCCAACCCAACUGGUAGCACGGGUUAUGGUCAAGACCAUACCGACGCCAUUCAAAACAACUGGGGAGGUGAUCCGUAUGUGGACCUAGUCAAAUGUUUUGAGUAUCUAGAGAACGAAGUGAGCUACAUAGACACAACCAGAUCCGUAGCUCUCGGCGCAUCUUAUGGUGGCUACAUGAUUAACUGGAUCCAGGGCCAUGAUCUUGGACGAAAGUUCAAGGCAUUGGUAUGCCACGAUGGUGUCUUUUCGACUCUUAACCAGUGGUCUACAGAAGAGCUGUUCUUCCCCGAGCAUGACUUUGGCGGCACCCUCUGGGAAAACAGAGAGGGCUAUGAGAAAUGGGAUCCUGCCAAGUACGCUGGAAACUGGGCCACGCCGCAGCUGGUUAUACACAACGAGCUCGAUUACCGCUUGCCCAUUUCAGAGGGUCUAGCCAUGUUUAACGUUCUUCAGGCUCGCGGUGUGCCGAGCAAGUUUGUCAUGUUCCCAGACGAGCAUCACUGGGUGCUCAAGCCGGAGAACUCAUUGGUCUGGCACAAGGAGGUGCUGGGCUUUAUCAACAAGUACAGCGGAAUCUCCGAGCAGGAAUAAAUAAGAUAUACCCUCUCUAUCUUGCUUUCUUCUUCUUCUUUUACUCUCCGGAUAUUUACGUACUAAAUUUGCGCAUGCAUUAUGAGUUUGUGAAACAUGUGGAGGUUUAGGAGGCCUUCUUUCGACGGUAGCAGCUUGUGCUUGGUAUUAAAUUGCAUUGUCGGUCAUGGCAUAUUGUUUUUGGGGUUCUGAUAGCAGUACAUACCUAUCAAAGUAGCAAAACAGCAACCAAUUGAAGUUUUUUUAAU